AUUCAUGUUGUUUUGUUUUCCUAUACAGGGAUUUCCUAUAGUUUAUUUGAAAAUGAAUGACACCAAAAAAUAAAAUAUUCUAAAAUCUUUGGUUAAUGGAUAGCAGAGAUAGAAGCUAUACGAACUUUAUGAGCAAUAGAACAGAAGAGAAUAAAAAAAAAUAUAAAGAGAGAAGAAAUCUUGCAGUCAGGGUAAUACGAAAUGAAAAACGGAAAUAUUAUGAGUAUAAGAUUGAUGACUGUAGAAAUAAUAUAACGGAAUUGUGAAAAACACUAAAAACAUUGGUUCCAAAUAAAACCAUAGAUAGAGUUGAAGAUAUACCAGGUAAUUUAAAUUCAUUCUACAUUGAGAGUAUUGAUAAAAUUAUGAAUAAAAUUGAUAAAACUGGUUCAAACUUCCCCAUUAAUAUGAAUCGCGGGAAAAGAUCAGUAACCUUUCCAGAUUUACUUUAAUUGAUUUUAGUGCGCUUAAAGAAAUUAUUUUCUCAAUGCCCAAUAAGAACAGUCCAGAUGGUAUAGGCAUGAAAUUUAUAAAAAAUACCUAUGAUAAUAUUGCUUAACCCUUGAUAAAUGUUAUCAAUACUUCUUUAGAAUCUGGUAAGAUUCCAGAUGAUAUCAAGGUUUCCACCAUUGUACGAGUUCCUAAAGUUGCAAAAUCUAUUAAAGCUUCUGAUUUCAGACCAAUCAAUAUGCUUAGCUGAUUUAAAAAAAUGUAGAAAAAGUACCGUCAAAUGGGGCUACUUUGACACCAAGUGGCAACUUAGUAAUUAAAUAUGGUAAGACACUACCAAAGAACUCCGGAAAUCCGGAAUCGCGGAAACUAUUCGGGCGAAGAUUAAACAAAUGUGCUUCAGGCAAUUGAAAAUGGAAUGCCUGUUAAAAGGGCGGCAACUGUUUACAAAAUCCCAUGAAUAAUUCUUCGAAAUAAUUCUCUUGGCAGACACCAACGGUCGGUAGGUCAUCCAAGUGUUCUCACUGCCGGUGAAAAACAAGUGAUUCGUGACACAUAAUGUCAAAUGGCAAAAUGGGGGUUUCCAUUAACCAAGUGUGAUAUUCGUGCGAUAGUCAAGAAAUUCUUAGAUAAACAGGACAAAAUAGUGCGUAUAUUCAAUGACAAUUAUCCUGGACCUGAUUUUGUCGAAAAAUUUGUUAAAAAAACAAUCUUUCCACACGAAUCGUAACAAAUAUUUAAAAAUCGCGUUCUUCCGUAGAUAGGACAGACCUAAUUCAGUUUUUUGACAUCAGAGAAGCUCUAGGUGACAUCGACUACAAUUAUGAUGAACCUACUAUCGCCGAUGAUCCCGGUGCAAAGAAGGUCAUUGAUCCCAGAAACUUUCGUAAGGUAGAACCAGUACACAACUAUUCUCGGUCCCGUGUCAGCAUAUUGGUCUGUGGUAAUGCAGCUGGAGACCUCCUUCUGCCUAAUGUUGUGUACAAAAGCGCCAAUUUAUAUGAAAACUGGUAUACUGGAGGACCCACUGGCACUGUUUAUGGGAACAGCCCUUCCGGAUGGUUCGACAUGAACCUUCUCGAGCAAUGUUUCUUUAAAUACCUCUUACCCCACAUAACAGCAAUCAAGAAACCGUGAAGCAUGAGCAGUUGUAGUUGGCGAUAACGUGGCUAGCCAUUUUUCACCACAGGUUAUUAAAGUAGCCCUAGAAUAUACAUGCGCCUUUUCCAGCCAAUGCCACUCAUUUAAUGCAGUCAUUGGAUGUAGCUGUAUUUGCACCCCUUAAGAGGAAGUGGCGCGAAAUAUUAGAAAAAUGGCGAAGGGAGAGUAGAUGUUCUGGGACUUUACCCAAAAAACACUUCCCCUUACACUGUAAAAGAACAUUUAAUAUCUGGAUUCAGAACGACAGGAUUGUACCCAAUAAAUGUUAAUGAAGUGUUAAGAAAGAUUCCUGGAGGAUUGCCUGAAAAUGUGGAGGAAACUGCCAGAGUGCUCGAUUCAACGUUGGUGGAGUUUUUCAAAGAAAUGAGGGAAACAAGCGAAGACAAAAAAAAAGAAAAAAGGGGAAAGAAGUUCGUAGCUGGAAAGCAGAUGACUGUUGAAGACAAGUCAAUUCCCAGUGAUGAAAUCCAAAAUGCAGCAGAAUCUCAAUCCCCCGCAACAAGCAGCGACGAAGAAUUGCCUUAUUUCUCUAAAAGCACUCCAGGGCCAUCGGGAAUACCAUUGAAAGUGGUUACAAACAAAGCCAAGAAACCUAAAUGUCGUCCCAUUAACAUAACAAGAGCAAGUUUGCGAGGUAAAAGCGAUUUAAACGAUAAAUGUGCCAUUUUCCUCACUCUUUUUAAAAACUACAGAGCAAGGGGUGACUGGAUUGAAUAUCUGCAGUGCAAAAAGUGGAUUUGUGGUAUUUGCAAUUCAGAAAGCACCGAUCCAUUUUAUGUGUGUCUUGCUUACGAAGACUCACACGACGAUCAGGAUGAACCAUUUUCCGAUAAAAGCGAGGAUGAUAAAACCUUUAAUCCUUAAAUUGUGAUUUAUCCUUAGAUUCCAAAGAAUUUUUUUACUAUUUUCAAACGUUUUUUACAUAUUUAAAUGUUAAACGUAGGUAGGUUAGGAAAGAAAUGUUUUCUUAGUUUUUUAUCUUUAGUUUCUACAUACUAACACGAUACACAUACUAACUGUAUGCUGACUUUCAAUUCAAAAAGAACUAAAUUAAUGUUUAAAAUGCCGGUCUGCGCGGUGGAGAUAUUUCCGAAUGCCACAAAAUAUAGGUAAAUUCUUAUCGAAGAAAGGAUAAAUUUACUUGUAGUUGCCCUAUCCACUUUGAGGAAAGUAGUUGUGAGAUUCCUCUUAAACAUAGAAGCAAAAAAAUAAAACUGAAUUACACCAGGUGCGCGGGCUUCAUUGGGCAA